AUGUCAUUCUCAAACCUGGUCUCUGACAUUGCCUUCCGCGAUGCUCGUCUUGAUGAUGGCAGUUCGCAAAUCUCUCAUGCCCGAUCUCAUCGAUCCCACGCAACCGCUCGGUCGUAUACAAGCACCGCAGCAACAAGUGUCAGCAUCUCUGGCGAAGUUUCCAGCCAGCUACAUUCUGGAUAUAGCCAUCCCUUGACCAGAGCAUGGCAAGCCGAUAGGCAAUUGACAAAGGAUAUGCUUAUCUAUCCCCUGUUUGUCACCGACAACCCCGAUGAAGAGACGCUGAUUCCUUCAUUGCCUAACCAAUACCGCCGCGGAAUCAACCGCUUGGGUCUACGUUCAGUGAUGCUGUUUGGUGUUCCCCUCCAUCCAUCCGCUAAGGAUGCGCUUGGGACCGCCGCAGAUGACCCUGAUGGUCCUGUGAUCCAAGCUAUUCGUCUUCUUCGUUCUCGUUUCCCUCAACUCUACAUCACCACUGAUGUGUGUCUCUGCGAAUAUACGUCGCACGGCCAUUGUGGUAUUUUACGUGAAGAUGGAACCCUUGAUAAUGCGCAAUCUGUCGAUCGGAUCUCCGAUGUAGCUAUUGCCUAUGCAGCGGCUGGAGCUCACUGCGUGGCCCCCUCAGACAUGAAUGACGGAAGAAUCCGGGCAAUCAAGCUCAAGUUGAUUGAAGCCGGCGUGGCACACCGUGUCCUUUUGAUGUCCUACAGUGCCAAAUUUAGCGGCUGUUUAUAUGGACCGUUCCGCGAUGCGGCUGGCUCGUGUCCCUCAUUCGGAGAUCGCCGGUGCUAUCAACUUCCUCCGGGUGGCCGUGGUCUUGCCCGACGUGCGAUACAGAGAGACAUGGCCGAAGGUGCCGACAUUAUCAUGGUGAAGCCAGCCAGCAGCUACCUCGAUAUCAUCCGGGAUGCCAAGGAUUUAGCACCUGAUCUUCCAGUGGCAGCUUACCAAGUUAGUGGUGAAUUUGCAAUGAUCCAUGCCGCUGCCAAGGCUGGUGUCUUCAACCUCAAAGAUAUGGCAUUUGAAAGCACCGAAGGCAUAUUGAGAGCAGGUGCUGGAAUCGUCAUCAGUUAUUUCGUUCCAGAAUUCCUCGAUUGGCUUUAG